AUGAAAAUUGCUCUAAAACUACCCUUUCAAGUGAAAGUAUUUGAGGGCGCCCAUCUUCCUACUCCUCCCCCAAUUCCGGAGUACAUCCUUAGAGCAUUGGAAUAUACUAAAAGAGUUGCUCCACCGACAGUUACGGAUAAUAGAUCAUCAGACGGUUUUGGCAUAUUAGCUAUUGCCCAAAAGAUAGGAGCAAUAUUAUCAUACAACAUGCAGUGUGCCGGCUGUUUGAGGGCAAUUAAGGACCGAAAAUAUUUAUUGUGUGAGGGAUGCAAUCAGUUUUAUGAUCUGGACUGUGCAAAUGUAUCCGAACAGCGUUUUUAUAAUACAUUAGUUGAUGAACAUAGGAGAAAUUGGAGAUGUGUAUUAUGUGUAAGUAAGAAGCCCAAGAGCGAUAACACUAAUACACCAGCUCGUGCUGCUUUUCAAGCAGUCACAACUCAACGAGGAGGAUCUGUGAGGAGUCCGCUUCAUUUUGAUGUUUCUAUGUCGGAGCAACCAUCUAUUAUGGAUAUUCAUAAUGAUACAGCUCAAAAUGAAACUGUGGAAAUGUCAGACAUGCAGUCAUUGGCCUUAGAAAUGCGGCUAUUUAGAACUGAGAUGAUAGAAGAGAUGCGAGCUACUAGAGCACAGAUGGCGGUGUUAAAUGAAACUUUGGCUAAAAUAUCGAGCAGAGUCAUUAAAUGUGAAGAGCGUAUGGAUAAGCUCCAGGAGCGUCUGAGUGGUAUGGAACAUAGUAUAGAAAAUGGUGCAACGGAGGGCAAUAACAAGUCACUUGAGGCGUCUAUGACAGAGUUGAGAUUGGAACUGAACGACCGAGAUCAGGAGUUGCUAUUAAAUGAUGUAGAGAUUGCAUGCAUUCCGGAACAGAAAGUUGAGAGCCUUCCUCAUAUUGUCACUACUCUAGCAAAUAAAUUGGGAGUUCAAUUGACAGAUCAAGAUGUAGUAAGUGCCACACGCGUAGGAUAUGUAUCAUCGUCCUCUCAAGUAGGUGAGCACAGGCCGCGUCCCAUAGUGGUGCGUUUGUCUCGGCGCAUCGUUCGAGAUCGGUUAUUGCAAGCUGCGCGUGUACGAAGGGGUGCCACUACUGAGGGCUUGGAUAUACCCGAACCAUCCCGGCGGUUUUAUGUUAAUGAGAGAUUAACCAAAAACAAUAGACUGCUGUUCCGUCGAGCACGCGAUCUGGGCAACCAGAUGAACUGGAGAUACGUGUGGACAAGGGACGGCAGGAUAUAUGUGCGCAAGUUCCAAAAUAAAGAUGCUCCACGGUUUCGCAUAAGGACAGAAGAUGACAUUGCACGGAUUUUUGGUCAGGAUGUUGUUUGUCCCUCAGCAUAA